AUGUCUCAAGUCUGCCCCGUCGUCGGAACAACCAACUCGGUCCUCCCCCCCUCGCACCCAGACGUCGACCUCAACGUGCCAGGCCAGACCUGCCCCGUCGUCGGCGCGAAGACGGACCACCACCACAACCUGUCCAAGCACCCCUCCGUGCCCCUCCCCGCCGACGCCCAGAACGACGCCACCUCGUCCGCCGACGCCCAGAGGUGCCCCGCCCUCAAGACCGCCAUCGAGCAGCCCCAGGCCAAGGAGCUCGACGACCAGGUCUGCCCCGUCAUCGGCCCCGCCACCACCAUCCUGCCGCCGGACCACCCCUCCACCGAGGGCAAGGGCAACGACGCCGAGUGCCCCGUCACCAAGGCCAAGAUUGGCCACCACAGGGGCAAGGUCAUGCAGCACCCUGACGUCAAGGGCGCCGCUGAGGGCGCGGUCUGCCCUGUUGUUGGUGCCAGGGGUUAA